AUGUCCUCGCCAGUUCAACUGCCCAAGUUACAGCUGCCGACGUUCAGUGGAGACCCUACAAAUUGGUUAGCCUUUUUCGACGCGUUCCAGUCGCUCGUACACACGAACGCGAGUUUGUCUGCUAGUCAAAAAUUGCAUUAUUUGCGCAAUUGUCUUCAAGGUGAGGCGCUCCAACUUGUAAGCAGUCUACAGAUUUGUGAUGGCAACUACAAUGCUGCGUGGGAUCUACUCACCACGCGUUACAAGGUUUUGCGUGUCAUGGUUGAUGGUCACUUCAAAGCAAUUUUUGCAAUUGAAAAGGCAUCUGGAGAUACUGGUAAGGCCAUUAAGCAAGUUUUAAACGCUACCAUGCAACACGUUGGCUCGCUACGUGCUUUAGGUCGGCCUGUGCAGUUUUGGGACGAUUGGCUUGUCCACCUUACCGUUUCGAAGUUGGCUUACGAAACCCGGAAACAAUGGGAGCUGUCAUUGGUGAGGGAUGUUUUACCUACUUUUGAAGAGUUGGUCGAGUUUUUGGAAACACGUGCGCGUUCGCUAGAGAUGGUACCGACGAGUGGUGCGCUGUCAAUCUCAGCGCAAGGAGCGCGCCAGCUCAGCAAAACUGCGGCGAAGACUACAACAAACGUGCUCCAUGCGAUUGGUGAGCAACACACCUCCUCAUCCAACCUGGUUGAUGCAGGAGCCAGUUCACCCUCAUGUUUCCAUUGCAACGCCAAACACAAAAUUUACGCCUGCCCAACUUUCCGUAAAUUAAAUGCUGCUGCCCGGUUUGCAUUGGUCAAGAAACAUAACGUUUGUCUCAACUGUCUGAGCAAAGGCCACUUUCAAGCAAAAUGUCGCAGUUUAUCAACUUGUAACAUAUGCCGUCGUCGUCAUCAUACAUUACUACACGGCUGCCGCGAAGAUGACACGACCAGCGAUGAGCUGAAUGUACACGCUUCUCCGUUCGUAAAGCAGCAAGGCAAUCUACUUGUGCAACAAUCGACUACGUCAUCUAAAAUCGAUGACUCUACUACGGCGCGUAUACAUAAUGCUAGCUCGGAUGUACCGCAUUCUGGUUGCGUAGCAUCUCACGUCGCUGAAGCCGACAAGGCCAUUUUAUUGGCAACCGCAGAAAUAUAUUUGCAAGAUCAUGCAGGGCGAUGGCAACCUGCUCGGGUGUUGUUUGACAACGGCUCACAUGCAUCCUUCGUGACAGAGGCCUGUAUUCAACGCCUCCGUCUACAAAGGAAACCUUCGGCAGCUCAUGUCACAGGUAUUGGUUCAACAGAUGGCGGUAAAGUUAAGGGUGAGACUAUUCUUUCACUUGCGCCCCGAUCUCUUGACCAGCAUUUCACAAUCAACUCGCUUAUUUUAUCGAAGAUUACAAACGAUCUUCCCAGCGUUUGUGUACAGAUGUCGUCUUGGCCGCACUUACGAAAUCUUGCUCUUGCUGAUCAGCAUUACGCCAAACCUGGUCCUAUUGAUGUGUUAAUAGGGAUGGAUGAGAUGGAUAAAUUCCUGUUAACCGGUCUCUGCAAAGGGCCACCUGACACACCCAUGGCGCAAAACUCAGUUUUCGGUUGGGUACUUUUCGGAAAGGCCAUGCGUUCAUCCAGCUCAAGUGCGGGAGUUUUAUCCUUGCACUGUGAUGUGCAACUCAUCCGAAUGGUGAGUAAGUUUUGGGAGCUCGAAGAGUUUCCCCCCAAGCGAUACUUAACUGUCAAAGAGGACGCUUGUGAAGGGCAUUUUCGCAAGCAUUGUCGCCGCGCUGAAGACGGGCGUUACAGCGUACGCCUACCGUUAAAGGAAUCCGUGCCUUUAGGUGAGUCGAGAAACAUAUCCGUAAGAAGUCUGCUAAGAAUGGAAAAACGUUUCGCUGUUGAUGAGGAGCUACGCCGUCAAUACGCAGAAUUUAUGCAGGAGCUUUUAAAUAUGGGCCACAUGGAGCUCGUAGGCAACGCUCAACCGCAUAAAGGUUACUACAUGCCACACCACGCUGUAGUAAAGAACACCAGCUCCACCACUAAACUGAGAGUGGUGUUCAACGCCUCAUGUAAAACCACAUCCGGUUUCUCGCUCAACGAUGCACUAAUGAUAGGCCCGCAAUUACAAGAGGAUCUGUUUUCUAUAAUGGUGCGGUUCCGGACUCAUCGUUAUGCAAUAAUGGCCGAUGUCGAAAAAAGUAUCGACAGGUAUACGUGGCAGAACAAGAUGUGGACUACCAACGCAUAG